GGGGAGCUGAUUCAGUUUGGCUGGAAUGCAGGUCCCCACCAUGCACAUGUCUUUGGUCUGGUGAAUAACCUUACCAAUAAGAGGCUUUUGAUGACUGCAAGGCAGGAGAAGGACUCUUGUGCUUUAGGAAUUUUGGCUUUGAGCUGGAAUUUGCUGGUAGCUAGUCUCCCUGCUGAGGUCAGUGCAUCCUGUAUCAAGGCAAUUGAUGGGGCAGGCCUGCCUUCCAUGACCAUCAAAGGUGAUGGCUCAGGUGAGUACUCUGGGUAUACCCUGGACUUACCUAAUGGUCCUCUCUGCUUUUCAACAGCUAAGCAGGCUCCCUCUGAGGGAUACAUGUCUCAAAACUACAAAUCCCCCAUUCACACUGACCAACUCUAUGCCCCAUAUGCAAUGAACUGGGUUACUCUUCAUAGUAUCAUGGAUCCAGAUCAAUGCCAGCUUCAUGGUGAUUGUAGUUCUGGUGGGAAUUAUGUUGAUGUCUCACUCAGGGUGGUGGUGAAAUGUGCCACUGACACAGUCAUGAGCAUGCAACCCAAGUUCAAGCAUGGUACGACCCUUGCUCGAGAGGGUGUCUGCAGGCAAGGAACUGCAAUCAAUUUCUCAAGGCACAUUAAGAAAGCAUUCGACAAGGCAAUUGCAAUUGAAGGUGAUGUUAAAGCAAUGGUGACUCAACUUGUAGAGGAGAAAAAGUGAAAUUAUG